AUGGCUCGUGCAGUAUUCUUGCAAAGCUCCACCCCGCGUACCGCAAAAGAAAUUACAACAUCUGGACACGACAAACAAAGCGAUGCUGAUUCUUCGAUAACCGGAACGAAGAGGCGCCUCGCGUUUGGCUCGGGCAAAACCAGAUCCAAAAAGCUGCCGUCCUUUGCCACAUUCUUCAGCGAUUUCUAUCCUGCAGAUACGCCGAAGUUCGACCUUAUUUUCGGCGAAGAUGAGAGACGAGAAUUGCAAAACGAUAUCGUGGAUACGACUGAGGAAAGCUCACAGACACUAAAGACAUACUUUGACGAGACCACGUCUGACACGUGGGAAGUGGAUGAUGAAUCCCCGCCAAAGAAUAUCCUCCCCGUUAACGCCGAGUCAGCUAUUGAUGCAUCCCAGAGAACUUCGGAGUGGGUUACGUCCGUUACAAUGAGUUUUCGUGCAUGCCUCAUCGAACCGUAUCCCAAUCUGUCGUCAGUCCGUAAAACGUCCAAGUUGUCGGCUGUCCCGGUAAUUCCCAAGAACGACACGAGAAGAGCCAGUUACAACUUCCAUGGUCUUGUGAUGAGCGGUCGUAAAGAGAAACAAGAGAACAUGUCGUACCAAUGCCGCAUCUGCCGCCGUGACUUCACCAGCCGAAUAGGUCUCCAGAAUCACUCCCGUGUGCACAGCGUCCAAGGGAAUCAAUACGAGUGCAAGAAAUGCCAGACGAUUUUCGCCACGAAGACGAAGCUCACUGCCCACCUGAAGCUCCACCGACCACUCCCCUACUCCCACUGUAGCAAGUGCGAGAACCCGUUAACCAUGUCUGAUGAGCACGGACUUCAACCACAUUUUUGUCCUAUCUGCGGCUUGUCGUUCGUCGCGAAAGAUUGUCUUCUACAGCAUAUCAAUCAUCUUCAUCCACAGUAUUGUCCGCUAUGUGCUGUCCCGAUCGCGUGGUUAGGCCCGCAUAAACAUACAAACUAA